AUGCCGUCCUGGCCAUCUCGUCUACUCCCUCCUCCCCAUAAUCAGGACCAGCUUUCGGUUCCCGAACAACCUCCGUCCCGACCAUCCACCUCCAGAUCUCACGGGAGGUCACAGUCACAUUACAUACCUUCCGGAAACUCUAACCCGCCUGGCGCACAUCUAGAGCCUGGGAGACACUAUAUCAGCAGAGCAAACGAAGGAGAUAUGUUGGGAUCUUUAGAAAGAGAUGGCGGGCACACUGCGCAUAGCGGGAAUAAUAGGAGACACUCAACAGUUCCUACAGACAUGGUUUCUGGAAUGGCGGGGAAUGGAGGAAACUUGCAGACAAAUUUUACAACGGGUCGGUGCUCAUGUUGCGAUUCCUACGUUCGGUGGCCAACUCAUUUGUCGGUUUUUCGAUGCACGACAUGUACAACUAUCAACGACCUCGCUCCGGCUGAGCAGUGUACCAAGGGUAUACCGCCAAUCUCUGCCGAGAGAACGAGAUCAAUCAUAAAUUCCUGUAUAAGAGGAUUUCUGGAGCAACGAGAAUGGCUAGAUAAUAUGCCGGAACAUCCACCACCUCCUCCGCCAAUUCCGAUCCCGGGGAGGCCGUCGGAUGAAUCUGGCGGACUGGGAGGCCCAGUGCAGACACCUCCGGUCUUUUCUAAAUUCUCACCUAACACAGCGGCUGCAAUGAUGGCAUUUCCAGCACAUAGAGACCUUGCGGAUGCGGCGCCGUCGCGGAGGCCUUCGCUACCUAUACUAAGUCUUUCAGAGAGUUUUUCUUCUACAGCUACACCUCCACCUAGGGACCGUCGCUCAAUGUAUGUACCCGCAGGGAAGGGUUCACUGUCUCCAGGGUCAAAUGGCGCCGAUAGACCGGAAACUGGGAGUCGGCAAAAUCCAGAAAGCACUCCUCACGAGGAACUUGUGAGGAAAUCGUUUAGACCAUUAGAGAAUUAUUUGACAACCACCUUUGGAAGUUGUGACUGUCUAAAUGCGAGCUUUUUGAAAAGGCGCAGCGAAGGCCUGGAGCCAAAGUCUCAAGAUAUCAGAUCUACCUCACCUAGAAGGUCUAAGUCCCCAGCGAAGUCGUCAAAGGAGAUUGAUAUACCUGUUACGAAUAAAAUUGGGGAGAAAGAAACAAUUUUAUUGCAACGAGGUAGAUUCCUAGGUAAGGAGUUAAAUUCCAGUAAAAAAGAAAAAGAAAAGACAAAAACCGUACCCGAAACAAAGCCUACCAGUGUGAGAAGUCCUGGAAUUGACUGGGAAAGUGUGGAUGAGCUUUACGACAUGGUAAUAAAUGUUGGUGCGGAUUACAGAGAUGAAAACACCGACUCUAGGAGCUGGGAUAGCGAACUUAGGAAAGAUAUGGAAGAUGCUAGGGCUCACAUUGGCAGAUCCCUGUUGAAAGCUACAGAAAGUGUUUUGAAACGUCCCGGAAGGCCAUUGAAGAAGCCUGAAGAUGUUAGGUUUCUACUUAUAAUCUUAGCAAACCCUCUUUUAUAUCCGGAGUCUUCUCGUCCGGUCUCCAAGGUCCAUGCUUCCACUUCGUCCAACCGGAGUGGCAAUUCAGGUGGUCCCGGUCAUCAUUCCGGAAUUAUCAAACGUAUCAUGGGAUUGGUCGGAAACCUUGAUAAUUCAAUCCAUCACUACCUUGUCUCGUGGUUCACCCGAAUGCCGGAGGUUCAGUUUCGGCGAUUAGUGGAGUUAGUAGGAAGCUUCAUCACUUACCGACUCACGAGACAGCCCGCGAGAAAAAAAACACAACAGGCAACCGGAAUGAUGGGGCGGGGGGUCAAGCAGUUGCCAUAUAACGAUGAUUGGCAAAUAAAGGCAGCAGCAAAAGUUAUGGCAUUGUUUUUCUCGGCAAAUAAUAACACUGCUGGUCGUCGUGGCAUGGUCCAGAACAUCAAAGAUGAUGAAGAAAACAUGAAUUCUGCAGUCAUGGCAAGGCGUGAAGCGAGACGGAGAGGCCAAAUUAUUCUCACUAGCGAGUUUUACAACAUGCUUCUCGAUUACCAUGACUUGAUAGCUGAUUUCGAUGUCUGGGAGUCACGUUCUUCAAAGUUUUGCUUUUGUCAGUAUUCGUUUUUGUUGUCUAUGGGAUCCAAGAUACAGAUCCUUGAGCACGACGCCAAGCGACAAAUGGAAGUUCAAGCUCGGCAGGCGUUUUUCAAUAGUAUAUCUACCAGAAGAGCAGUAAAUCAAUAUCUCGUAUUGAAGGUCCGGAGAGAGUGUUUGGUUGAAGACAGUUUGAGAGGAAUAAGUGAGGGUGCAGGGGGCAUAGAUGACAUCAAGAAAGGGUUAAGAAUUGAAUUUAUUGGGGAGGACGGUGUAGAUGCGGGUGGAUUAAAGAAAGAGUGGUUCUUGAUGGUUGCCCGGGACGUUUUCGAUCCUAACUACGGUAUGUUUAUCUACGACGAGGACUCUAAGUACUGUUAUUUCAACCCAUACUCUUUGGAAUCCUCUGAGGAGUAUUACCUGGUUGGUAUGCUCUUGGGACUUGCAAUCUAUAAUUCCACAAUACUGGACGUGGCUUUGCCGCCAUAUGUCUUCAAGAAGCUUCUGCACCUGACAAACAAGCACCAACUGGCAACCUCCUCUGUUCGACCCCCUUUAGUUCAAACUUUGGAAGACCUGGCAGUUUUCCGACCGGCUUUGGCAAGCGGGUUGGUUAAGCUGCUGGAGUUCGAGGGUGAUGUCGAGGCAACCUUCUGCCGCGAUUUUGUUGCAGAGUCUGAACGAUACGGUGAAGUGAUCGUUGCACCUCUUUGCCCCGGCGGGGAGAAUAAACCAGUUACCAAUGCAAAUCGGAAAGAGUUUGUCGAUCUCUAUCUGAGAUGGAUCCUGGAUACCUCUGUAGCCAGGCAAUUCGAACCUUUCAAGCGUGGAUUUUACACGGUUUGCGGGGGCAAUGCAUUAUCUCUUUUCCGACCAGAGGAGAUUGAGCUCCUUAUACGAGGCUCUGAUGAGGCGCUCGAUGUCUCUGCGAUGAAGGCCGUUGCCGUAUAUGAUGGCUGGGGAAACGCGACGCCAGCAGAUAAUGAUCCUGUAGUCAGGUGGUUCUGGAGCUUCUUUGAGAGAAUCUCACCAAAGGAACAGAGGAUGCUACUGCAUUUUAUCACUGGCAGUGACAGAAUACCAGCAAUGGGAGCAACGAGCUUGAUUAUCAAAGUGGGCUGUCUAGGACAAGAUUGCAAUAGAUUCCCUGUGGCUAGGACUUGCUUUAACCAGAUUUGCCUCUGGAGAUAUAAACGGAGGGAGAAGCUUGAGAGCAUGCUUUGGCGUGCCGUCACAGAAAGCGAAGGCUUUGGACUGAAAUGA